GCAGAACAGCUGAAAACGAUAAGAUGGCGUCAAAAUCAGAAAAGUGAUUUUGAAGAACAGUCAAUUUUAUCCCGUAAUUCAUAUUCUAUUAUUCUAUCUAUCUUCUCCAAAGAACUAUGGACGUUAAUGAGAAGAUUCUCUCCUUCCAUUUGAUAGCCCAGCCUCUCCCUGGAACGGAUGAGCAAAUAAACGACAGAAUUAAGGAAGUAGCUGAUAAGCUUAACAAAUUUGGUUUUGUUUGUCCAAACGAAUUAAAGGAAUUAAAAAACAAUGCCCCUUGCCAAGUUGUUAUUGGUCCGUCACAUGUUGCCUUUCUGCUCACUGAUGGAACAGUUGCCCGCAUCCCGUUGAAUAUUCACUAUGAAAAGUUGGAUUUGAGCACAAGAAAUAGUUUCACAGUUGAUAAUAAAAAAAAGCCCAUUGUUAGCACCCAAAGUAGUUUGACCUCUACUAGCUCAGCUACGCCAACUACAGCAUCAUCUGCAAGGGUGUCCGGAUUUAACAAUAAUGUUCCAACAACAUCAAACAAUAAUAACAGUGGUACCACAAACAGCAAUGGAGUAUCUAUUGUAAGAUUACCAAAUUCUGGAGCAGUCGUUGUCACUGCAGGUUCUUCAGGUGCUCCGCGAGCCUCUAUCUCACGUAGAUUUCCUCGUAUCGGCACGGCAGGAUCAAGAUCGAGAGGAUCGGGUGUAAUCGUUGGUAGAGCUGUCGUCCCAGCUUCCCAAGUUCCAGAAGAUCUGAUUAACCAGUGUCAAGUGGUGCUGCAAAAUAGGAGUAGAGGUCAAAUUAUACGAGAAUUACAGAAAACCAAUUUAGAUGUAAAUUUAGCAGUCAAUAAUCUUUUAAGUCGUGACGAUGGCGGCGACGAUGAAAUGGCUGACGAAGAUUAUAUGCAAGAUGAUCUGAUAUCUUUACUGGAUGCUGGGAUGGAAUCAGCUGGAGUUAUGUUUGAUUCAGAUGUUAUGCUUGAAGAUGUUCUAGCUCAACGUCCCCGUUCAAUUUCUCAGCGUGAAGCACUUUUAAGAGCAGCUAGAGACCACCCUCAUAGAUGGCAUUCAGAUAUACUAUCAAGAAACGUUGAUUCACAUCUACGUGGCACUGUCGAUAAGGAACGUACAGGAAGCAAUGAAUCAGAAUCAACCAAGAGACCUGCAGCUAAGAAUCCUUCUUCCAAUGCUAUAUCUUAUGGUGAAGAGCUUCAAUAUUGGAUUGAUAAAGACGGAAAAAAACCCACUUUCACACAUAUUGCGUCUUUGUAUUCUGAGCUACUUGCUGUGAAUACACAAGGUCAACUAUGUCAAUGGAGAUGGUCUGAUCCAGAGCCUUUUUACUCUGCUGCUGCACCAUCAUUACUACAUCCUAAAACUGCAGCUUUAGGGUUAGCCUCAGAUGUGAUUACCCAUCUCUCGGCAUCUAUUGUGCGGGCCUCUUUAGCAACUGCUUCGGGUAAGGUUGUUACUCUCGUUGAUGACAGUAUUGCAAGCGCAACCGCAAGUGCAAGGGUAGAGCAUACUGCUAUUGCAUGGCCAGAAUUUGAACCAGGAAUAGCGGAAAUACAUACUUCCACUCUUUACACGCUGGUUAGGUUAAACAAUGAUGCUCUUUAUUGGUGGGGUGUGAUGCCAUUCGAAUUGCGAAAGAAAAUAGCGCAGAAGACAAGAGUCAAGUCAACAAAAAAACAAAGUAAAGGGUGUGGAGCUGAAAUAACUUGCGGUGCAACUGUGUGCUUGCGCACCGCGCCCUUUCAUAAUCAAGGAGCUAUUGGUUUUACCAUUCACAAUGGAGUUCCUAAAGUUGGCUCAUUAUUAGAAUGCGCUUGGUCUUUGACCGAAUCCUGCCGAUUUAAAGUUCUUCGAGCAGGUACACCGACAGCUGACGGAAGUAGUGAGAAAAAGAAAACUUCUGGUAAUAAUCAAGAUAAAACAGAUAUGCCCCCUCCUCCAUCGCCUGCUUCUUCAACCUGCAGCGACCACUCUGGACCUGCUAUAAUGUCUCCAGCUUUUAAAAGAAAGCGUCUGGGAGGAUCUGUCACACCAGUAAGAGAAGUUGUUACUGGAGCUGCUCUGGGAGCCAGCGCAGGAGAAGAAGAAGAUUGGCCUAUGAGUGAAGUGGUGAUGGUAGAAGACGCUAGAAACAUGCCGGUAGGUCGAGUCCUUAAAGUUGAUGGAAAUUAUGCGGCUGUCAGAUUCCCGAAAGACGGUGAAAGUGUAGCUGCACCUUUAAGAACAUCAGAAGAUGCUUCAGCACUGCUUUCAGAUUGUAGAUUACUAAAAAAAGAAGAUUUGAUUGUUGUCAGAGGUCCUGCUCCGCCAAGAACUCCCGAAUUAGUUCAAAGAACCCCUCGAAAAGUAUCUUUAUCAGAUGGCCAACUUAUGGGUGUCUGCAUUGAUGAUACUGAUAUCUCGGCCAUCUUAAAGUCUAAUGGAAAAUUACAAAUGGUAAUAUAUAACAUGAGUUCGGGUAGUAUUGAACAACGUAGUAAUCUACCUUCACAUACUCCUGCUCUUCUGGAAUCUCAGUAUUCAGUCAGACUAUGGGCAGCUUGCUCUUCACAAGCUACUUGGUGUUUAAUGACGGAUGGUAAUAAUACCAUUUAUCCCUUAUCCCCUGAUUGCUUAGAUAGUGUUCGAGAACCUAACUGGCCAGGAUUACCCCCUAUACGAUGUCUUUCCGCUCCUACACCUGCUCCAGGAACUCCUGCUGUUGCUCUUUUGGCUAUUGUUUGUGAGCAGCAGAUGUUGAUGCCUCAUAUACUGAGAUGUGAUACUGAAAAAGUUGAAAAAUUCCUUAAAUACGCAUCACCCGAAGAUGCUGAUGCGGCCAUGAAAGAAAUGUGUGAUGGAGGUCGAAAUAUACUUCACGCUGCCGUUUCUCAGUCGGCUCCAACUUCAGCCAAAGAAAAUGAUGCAGAAGCACCACCGUCUGCAGCAAGCGAAAGCAUGCGAUUAAAUGUUGACUCAUUUACGGGCCCUCCAUUACGUGCAGUUGAUUCUCUCACUACUAGAAGAGCGGUCCGGGACCAAAUGCAUGGUAUACGAGAAAUGAUGAGACAAGCCUCUUUCACAAGAUCAGGAUCUUCUUUCGAGUCAUAUAGGGAUCAUCUUGAUCCAGCUAAUAGACAUACACCUCCGGAAGACAAUGCUCUACAACCUCCAUUGCCAUCUAUGCCAGGACCACCGGAAGAAUUUUACGAGUUACCAAUUCGUUACGAAACGAAUGCCCAAAAAGCCAUUUCCUCAAGUUCGUGUGCAAUUCAAGAAGAAGCUUAUACUCUACCCCCAGUUAAGUUAGAAGAUAAGGAACGGCAUAAACAAGCAGUAGCCGUAUUAAAGGCAAUCUUAAAUAGCUCAGCGUUUUGUCGACAAGCCGUUAAUUUACUGAAAGCAAGAGAUGCUGAUGGUCUAACACCACUAAUGCGUUCUGUAUGGAUGCGAGCCUAUAAAGCUAGUCAGCUAUUGUUAGAUAUUGCUUUAAAUCUUUGUGCUCGUGAUGAAGAAAUUCUCAUGUCAAUGGUGUUUCCUCCAGGUUCACCCCCUGAUUUAUCCCCACUUCACAUGCUAGUCGCUAACGAUACCUGCUCCUUUACUUGGACAGGUGCUUACCACAUUCAACAAGAUAUUUUCGAAUGUCGUACCUGUGGUCUAACAGGAACACUCUGUUGUUGCACAGAAUGUGCAAGAGUUUGUCACAGAGGACACGACUGUCAAAUGAAACAGACAGCUCCAACAGCCUAUUGUGAUUGUUGGGAAAAAUGUGCAUGUAAAACUCUUGUCGCUGGUAGUCUUAACGAUAGAAUGACACUUUUAACAUCUCUACUUCGAUUAGGCGGUCAGAUGGUCACUCAACCUAAUUCAAAUGGAGAACAUAUAUUAUACUUCUUGGCAGCAACGGCAUCUCGCCAACAACACGAAUUUAGACAAUAUCAAAGAGUUAUUGAACGAUCAGGCACAUCGUCGUCUCAACGCCAAGCUAUCAAGGAAGCUGCAGAACAUGCACACGUUGAUAUUGGUCAGGAGCCUCCUAAAUUUGCCAGAAGAGCCUUGGAAAAAGUUUUAGGCGAGUGGCUAGCAGUCAAAAGUCUUCUGAUUGCUGAUAAAACGGAAACUGAUGAGGAACGAUUUGUCCAAGAGCAAUGGGGAAGUACUAGGCUCGAUCGGUUUACUCACCUACUGUUAACAAAGUGCGGCAAUGAUGCUCUUACUAUACUUUUAGAUACAUUAACAAGGAACGUUCAAAAUCCAACGACACAAGAAGAAGCUAAAUUAGCCGCUCGUCGAUUUAUUAGAUCUGUUGCUAGAAUUUUCGUUGUAAUAAGUAUGGAAACAUCUCCUUCGACGUCAUCACGAAAAGGUAUUGGAAGUCGGGCAGCUUUGGCGAAUAGUAUGCUCUCAGGUUCCAUUAAUAAAGCACGAAGUGUCUUCAAGCACCUGCUCCCAUUAGCAGUAGAGGAGCUGUGUGAAAUAUCUGACGCUUUAAUAACGCCAGUUAGACUAGGUGUUGCUAAACCCACAGCUCCAUUCUCUUUAUUGACAACAUCUCUGGAGGCAGUACACGCAGCAGAUGACUUGUUUUCGGUAGACCCUUUACCGGCCAGAAGAAGAACAACUACAGUUGACUCCAGUUCAGCUCCUCCUGCUCCCCCAUCCUCAGUAGCAGCGUCCGUUCCUCCUACUGCUCCAGUUACGGAUCGAGACAGUGACGGGGAGGGUCAAGAUAGUGGAAAUGUCAACGAAGCUUCUCAUCCACCAACUGAUUCAGAUGUUAUGGAUGUCGAGUUACAACUUGUUGAAUCAGAUAGUGAAAGUGAAUGUGCCCCAUCAGGCGACGAAGCAAGUGUCCAACAAUCGGCCAUUACUGGAGCGACAGCUGGUUCAGAGGCCCUAGCUUUCUUCUCAGAUGAAGAUGAUGAAGAAGAAGACACAGUUGUUGGUGGAGAGGAUGAUGAUCAGAGUGUCCCGGAUGACGAUCAAUCUCAGAGAGACAAUGAGGAGCAUGACGAAGACAGUGACACAGGUAGCUUCAGCAAUGAUCGACCAUUGUUACAAUCUAGUGCUUCAAACCGUCACGCGUCUGCCCCUGCCUCUAUGCAAUGGGCUGUCUCUACCAGCCCUAGGCCAGUUUCAAGGCGUUCCGGAUUUAUUGAAUCAUCAAAUUCUGCCUCAAUGGCCACUACAAUUUCACAACUUAGUCGAGCAUUUGGAAUAGUAAUUAGAAUGAUUAGUGAUUUAUUAUCGGAUGUCGUGCCUAGAAAAGAAGCUGACGGCUUUCCAGGGCUUCACUUAAAUACUGACGAAGACAUUCGACGUUUGAAACAGCAUGUUGAAAAUCAAAUUCAACCAACCUGGCUGUGGAUGAAAUCUAUUCUUGAUUCUACUGAAGCCCAGCUAAGGUAUGGCUGUGGAUUGAACAGUCGAAUAGACGUUCCGCAAGGAAACAAAUCAAACAGACGAACUGCCAAUACUGCUUUGGGAGAAGCUAGAAUACACGCCUUACAAGUUUUAGAAAGGUCUACGAAUAAUAGAAGGAGUGGUAACUCAGCAAGAUUUGUACUCGCACCCAGCUCUUCUACAUCUGAUACACAGUUUGCGAGAAGAGACUUUUUCACAUACGCCUUAUCAUUGAUGAGGUCACAUAAUAAUGAACACGCUGACUCACUACCGUCGUUAGAUGUAGCGGCUCUUAAACAUGUUGCUUAUGUACUCGAUGCUACUGUAUAUUAUAUUCGAAAUGUCGGAGGUGUUACUGGGGAACACAGUUACUCAGAGGAUGUAGAAGAUAGUGACAUGGAUGAGACGGAGGUCACUUGUAGAAAACACCGGUUCUUCCAGCGAUCACCAUCUGUUAUGCAAAUUGGUUGCACUCCUCCAGAUCCAUUUAAAGAGCCAAUGACAUCAGCCCUACCAUUGGCUGACCAACCACACCUUUUGCACCCUCACGCUCGAAGAGAUGAAUUAUUUGGGUCAGGCACAUCGACAACAACCAGCUCAAAUCUAAUUCCGACGCCAAUGUCUCUAUCUCAGCAAAGUGAAGUAUACGAUGCAAGCGAGGCAAUUAUUCCCCAAAGUCACGAGGCUUUGGUAGGAAGAUGGCGUCAUACACUACAUUUAUUCGGCCGAGUUUUCAGUGAUGACGUUGGAGCUGAAGCGGGAUCAAUUAUAUCUGAGUUGGGAGGCUUUCCCGUUAAAGAAGUAAAAUUUCGACGCGAAACAGAAAGAUUAAGAACAAAUCAACAAAGAGAUUUAAUAAUUGAAGUCUCUAGAAACCCAUCAUCUGAAUUUUUAGUAGCAGCCAUCAGACAAAUUAACAUAGCCUACUCUCGAAGAGUUUCGUCUAUUUCGUCUGGCUCGGCUCCCCCUUUGGCUGUUCAUAAAGUUAAAGUAACUUUUAAAGAUGAACCAGGCGAGGGAAGUGGAGUUGCCAGAUCAUUUUAUACAGCAUUUGCAAACGCUGUUUUAUCAUUAGAUCCAUUACCCGCUUUAGAACCUCCUCCCAAUUCGGGAACUUCUAGUAACUAUCCAGAUAUUGUUACAAAAAUCCGCCAACAGAGAAGAAUAAGUGCUCCUAGACCAAGACGACAAAGAUCUUUAUUAACCAGCGCUGAUAUUGCUAAUAUCGCUCAAUCUUCUCCCAGCACUCAUGAUCAUGAAUAUGAAGAUAGACGACAACAACUAUUUAGAAGAGUAUCUUUAAUACAUCCAAGUCUGGCAAGCAAGAUCACUGGUAUACUGAUGGAUUUACCAACAAAUUGUCAAGUAGCUCUGCUUUCAAAUGAGGAAGCUCUGAGACAAAGAGUAGAACAUGCUGUUGAGGUUUUAGUCACUCAAGAGUCAUCGAGGUCUCUUACGCUACCUCCGUCUAUGCAUUCAGAUAUUAUAGAUCUGGAUAUGUUCAAUUUUACACCAUCUAGUUCAACAUCAUCUCAAAAGGAAGAGGAGAUUAACGAUAGAGCCCCCUUGUUCUGGCAACCUGGUAAACGAGGUUACUAUUCACCUCGUCCAGGAAAUGGUUCGAGCGAACGCUUAAAUGCUAUGCGUUGCAUUGGUAGAGUUGCUGGUCUAUGUUUGCUGCAAAAUGAGCUUUUCCCAUUGCACUUUUGCCGACACGUUCUAAAGUACAUGCUAUGUCGUAAAGUAGCCUGGCAUGACUUAGCUUUUUUCGACCCACCACUCUAUGAUAAUCUCCGACAGCUAGUUAAUGCUGCCGAAUCGGAAGAUGGAGACAAGAUUUUAACGGAAAUGCACGUCAGCAUGACAGCGCCAGCUGAUGAUAGCAACAAUCCAACUAGAGAGAUUGAGCUAUAUAGGGGAUCUCAAGAUGUUAUCGUAACCCCGGCAAAUGUUUAUCAUUAUGUUAGAUUUUACGCUCAGAGACGUCUCGUAGAUAAUGUUAGAGCAGAGUUGGAUAAUUUAGCCGAUGGAUUGCACGAUGUAUUACCUGGAUCCUCUCUGGAAGGACUAACAGCAGAGGAUCUCAGGCUUUUAUUGAACGGCCAAGGGGACAUAUGCGUGCAAACACUUCAAUCAUACACUUCUUUCACAGAUGAGAGUGGUGAAAAUAAUUCUGAAAAAGUCGCAAAGUUUAAAAAAUGGUUUUGGGCAGUCGUAGAAAAGAUGACAACACCGCAAAAACAGGACUUGGUCUACUUUUGGACUUCUAGUCCAGCUCUACCCGCCUCCGAAGAAGGAUUCCAGCCAAUGCCAUCCAUUACUAUUCGACCACCAGACGAUGCUCAUUUACCCACAGCUAAUACCUGUAUUUCUCGUCUAUAUAUCCCACUGUAUUCGUCUAGGGCUAUACUUAGAUCGAAAUUGUUAUCAGCUAUUCUUACGAGAACUUUUGGGUAUGUUUAG